UCUAACUAUCGAUCGUGGAGUGAAAUAUCACCCAGCAAAAGUACUUCCCCUCUCACCCCUAUCUUAUCUUCGUUACAUAAGGGUUCUUUCACUAAUUUAUCUAUAUAUCAUCACGCAAUAAUUUGUAUGAAAAUCUAAACUCUAACCUCAAUAAUUUUUAUGAAGUCCAGCACACGUAUAUUCAUAGGAUAAUUAUCAUGUGGAGGUUGAAGAUAGGAGAAGGAAAAGGAAAAGAUCCGUAUUUAUUUAGCAGCAACAACUUCGUCGGGCGUCAAACAUGGGAGUUUGACCCCAAAGCUGGCACACCGGAGGAACGAGCCGCUGUCGAAGAAGCUCGCCGGAGUUUCUGGGAAAACCGUUCUCGUGUUAAACCUUCCAGUGAUCUCUUGUGGCGAAUGCAAUUUUUGAAAGAGGCAAAAUUUGAGCAAGUGAUUCCGCCGGUAAAACUUGACCGCGGCGAAGCCAUAACAUAUGAAAAAGCCACGAAUGCUUUACGGCGAGGAGUUGCUUUCUUCUCAGCUUUGCAGGCCUCGGACGGCCACUGGCCAGGAGAGUUCACCGGACCUCUCUUCUUGCUUCCUCCAUUGAUAUUUUGUUUGUACAUUACUGGACACUUGGAAGAAGUGUUCGAUGCAGAGCAUCGCAAAGAGAUGCUUCGAUAUAUCUAUUGUCACCAGAACGAAGACGGUGGAUGGGGAUUCCACAUUGAGAGCAAGAGCAUUAUGUUCAGUACCGCGCUGAAUUACAUAUGCUUGCGUAUGCUUGGAGUAGGUCCCGAUGAAGGAGUAGAAAACGCAUGCAAACGGGCCAGGCAAUGGAUUCUUAGCCAUGGCGGUGUGACUUAUAUUCCUUGUUGGGGAAAAGUUUGGCUCUCGGUACUUGGAAUCUAUGAUUGGUCUGGAGUUAACCCGAUGCCUCCCGAGAUAUGGUUGCUACCUUAUUUCCUUCCAAUUCACCUAGGAAAAGCUUUUAGCUAUACCCGGAUAACAUAUAUGCCCAUCUCUUAUCUAUAUGGGAAAAAAUUUGUGGGUCCAAUUACACCUCUUAUUAUGCAACUGCGUGAAGAACUACACUUACAACCUUAUGAAGAAAUCAAGUGGAACAAAGCGCGGUAUCUAUGCGCAAAGGAAGACACAUACUUUCCCCAUCCUCUGGUUCAAGAUUUGAUAUGGGAUACUCUCCACACCUUUGUGGAGCCUUUACUUGCAAGUUGGCCGUUAAACAAGCUUGUAAGGAAAAAGGCUCUUCAAGUGGCAAUGAAACACAUACAUUAUGAGGACGAAAACAGUCACUAUAUCACCAUUGGAAGUAUUGAAAAGAUUUUGUGCAUGCUUGCUUGCUGGAUUGAGAACCCGGACGGGGAACACUUUAAGAAACAUCUCGCUAGAAUUCCGGACUUGAUUUGGGUGGCUGAAGAUGGAAUGAAAAUUCAGUGCUUUGGAACUCAACUUUGGGUGACGGGGUUUGCAGUUCAAGCUUUAAUUGCAAGUGAUCCAUGCGAUGAAACCUAUGACGUGCUCAGGAGAGCACACGAUUACAUAAAGAAAUCACAGGUUAGAGAAAACCCUUCAGGUGACUUCAAGAGCAUGUAUCGCCACAUUUCCAAAGGAGGAUGGACUCUUUCUGAUCAAGAUCAAGGUUGGCAAGUUUCAGAUUGUACAGCUGAAGCUGCUAAGUGUUGCAUGUUGCUUUCCACGAUGCCACCUGAUGUCAUUGGCAAGAAAAUCAGUCCGGAACAACUAUAUGAUUCUGUUAAUCUCAUGUUAUCUCUACAAAGUGAAAAUGGAGGUAUUACUGCAUGGGAACCUGUCCGCGCCUAUAAAUGGUUGGAAUUGAUGAAUCCCACAGAUUUUUUUGUUAAUGCUAUGACCGAGCGUGAAUAUACGGAAUGUACCUCAUCUGUUAUACAAGCUUUGGUUAUAUUCAAACAACUACAUCCGAAUCACAGGACAAAAGAGAUCAUUAAGUCGAUUGAGAAAGCAGCACAAUUCAUAGAAAGCAAACAAAUGCCAGAUGGUUCAUGGUACGGAAACUGGGGUAUUUGUUUCACUUAUGGCACAUGGUUUGCUCUUUACGGCCUAGCAGCGAUUGGUAAGACAUACAACAAUUGUCUAUCUAUGAAAAACGGUGUAGAUUUCCUGCUUAAGAUACAAAACGAAGAUGGGGGUUGGGGUGAAAGCUAUUUGUCAUGCCCUGAGCAGAGAUACAUACCAUUAGAGGGGAAUAGAUCAAACCUAGUGCAAACCGCGUGGGCUAUGUUGGGUCUGAUUCACGCAGGACAGGCGAAGAGAGAUCUUAUACCUCUGCAUAGUGCUGCAAAAUUUAUCAUCAAGUCGCAACUGGAAAACGGGGGUUUUCCUCAACAGUCUGAGAAUGCCCACCGCUGGUUCCCCUUCUCGGGUUGGAAUCGUCCCAAAGUUUGCGGUCAUCCUCUUUUGGAGCUUCACUGCAACAAUAACAUCACCUCUUUAUUCACCUCAAACCAAGAGUUCUAUGCUCUGCAGUAAUUGGAUGUGCACUAUUCGCCGCUAGUGAUUUUUUCUUUAAAAUAAAGACACUUUUUCUUG